AUGCCUCCCUCGCUAAUACCGGCAAUCUCGAAAACCCUCCCGCUACUCUUUGAGCGCUCUCCAACGCCUACAGAUUCAGACACGGCAUCCACUUCAACAUCUUGUGCCCCUAAUGAUAAUUCGGCUCGUUGUCAAACUCCCGUCAAAGACAACACCGGUAUUGCUGUUGGCUUAGGUGUUGGAGUACCAGUCUUUAUUGCCAUUUGUGUUUUACUUUACCUUCAACUUCGUCACAAGCGUCAGUUGCGUAAGGAAGACGAAGGUUCCAAGGAAUUGGAUGUCGAGAAUGAUGAUGAUUUUGGAACAGCAGUACCUCCUCCAAUGAUGAUGAUGAUGAGCAAUAAUAAUAAUGCUGGUGGUGGAUAUGAAAAAAAUCAAACCAAUUAUUCUGUUCAACAACUUCAUUCAAAACCAUCAGAACAAACUCUCAUCGACUCUAGUAGUAGUAACAAUCAAUAUGCUCUUCCUAAAAAUAAUAACCAGGACUUUGCCACGGACCCUCGUUUGGCCAUGACAACACCUAAACCUCAGGUCUAUGACUCUGCUAACCCCUUUGCAACUCCAAACUCGCUCUACCAAAUCCCCCAUUUGCAAUCCUCGCAACGUUCUCUCAACAACUAUGACCCCUACGACAAGUCAGCUUAUCCUCCUUCCGGAGACAUUUACAAUACUCUUUCUAACACAUCUUACCCCCCCUCCCUUGCUACUCGUCCUUCUUCUCCUACCAAUAACAACUAUAACAAUCCUUACGGUCAAUCUUUCAAUGCCAUCAAUGCUUCUUCCCAAUACACUCUCCUUAGACAACAACCUUCAAACCAAACUCUCAAAGCUAAUGGGCCUCAGCAACGAUCCCUCACUGAUACUACCACAACCUCCUCAACCUCAACAAAGCAGCCAAUCUCAACUGUAAGUGCGGCCCACCAGUAUUCCACUCAGACUGCUCCUCAAGCUUCUUCUCAGGCUGCUUCCACCGUUAGUCUUCCGCAAACACAGCAAUCGAGUCAUUCUCUUGCCACUAUGCGUGAAACCCCCGAUAACAAUAGCCAGCCUUCUUCUUUUUCAAAUCUUGAGUCGAGACAGCAGCAGCAGCAGCAGCAGCAGCAGCAGGAAUUGUCCCAUAAUAAAAAUAACCUCAGCAUCAUGUCAACUUCUCAGUACUCGGGCGAUGACGAAGAUGACGAUACAACAACAACGCUUUCCUUCCACAACCCUUCUAACUCCCUCAACACUCCUUCGACAGGAGCAAGCCUUGCCGGAGAUGAGUCUACUCAACAUUCCCCUUCUUAUGGUGAAAAUGCUCAGGCUAAAGGUGAUGCUCGUGAAUCAGUAAAUAACAGAGACUUUGAUCGUGUCAAGUCUGUCUACAAGGAAUAUUUCCCUACAGGCAUGCACUCACCAGAAAUCUCGGCAACAAAUACGGAUUCAGGCUUUGACUUUGCAUCCAUCCCUGAAAGCCCCUUAGAUCAGCAACAACAACAAAACUCAGCCAAUGUCCAGUACCAAUACUCGGAACAGGCCCCCGUUGCUAACAGUUCUUCUCCUUCCAUCGCAGAGCAUCAACCCGCCUAUAAAAAGGCUGCCAAGAACCUUCCUGCCAUCAACACUACCCUUGGCUCUCCUUACCAACAGCCCCAGUCUCAGUCUCAGUCUGAGUCUCAGUCUCAGCCUCAGCCUCAGCCUCAGCUCCAACCUCAACCCCAGUUCCACUCUCAACCCCAUUCCCAACAGCAACAACAAUUUGACCAAAUGGAGCUUUACAACUUACCCAUGCCCCAUGAUCCUGCCGCAAUCAGAUCUAUGUCAUCUACUCCCACAGGUAACAUAAUUCCAUCCUCUCCUUCACAGGCUUCAUUCCGAUCGGCUCGCUCUGGAGCUCAUACACCUGUCACCCAUGUCCCCCGUGUUGAACUCUCCGCGUUCCCUGUGCCACAUAACUUGUCUGAAACUGAUUCGCCUAUUGCUUAUGCACCAAUUCGCAAGAAUUAUGCCCUUGCACACAGCGCGUCUUCAACGGAUCUUGCUGAACUCACCAAUGGCACACGAUCUAACUCAUUUUCCUCGGGAACAAACGUUCCUCAAUCUCCAGUGUCAGCAGCUUCGCCUAUUAUCCCUGUAUACAACCCGCUACACAACAAUUUGAACUACCCUGAAGCAGAGUCUUCCAAUAUGGUUUUGCCAUCUCCCCAUCAGUUGCGCAAGAGUAUCGCAUUGAUGACAUCGCUUGAGUUCCGCCCGCCAAACAAAUAUGCCAACGAGGAGCGUAACAUUAACACUAUGACACCUGAAGAGCGUGAGGUGAGACGCAGAGAAGACGGUUCAGUGGUUGCUAUUAAUGCUGGUCGCUUCAGACCACCAUCGGCUUUAGUUCCUGAUGACAAGACUCAGAAAGAAAAACUGAGACCUACUAUGGAGAUGCGAUAA